AUGUCAACCCUCUCCUCUUUAGGCAUAUCAUCAUCAUCAUCAUCAUCAUCAUCAUCAUUAUUGCCAUCGCCAUCGUCAUCAUCAGGACCACAACACAAAAAAUCACAUUUCCCAUCAUCACCGCAUCCUUAUCAUUGUUGGACACAGAAGCAUUCCUUUCACUCGACACUACCAAGUGCAUCUACCAACGACAAGGAACAAAAACUAGAGAAAAAUGAUACAAUAAGAUCAACAGCAACAACCUCGGAUCCUCCCAUUUUGACCUGGUACGAUCCAUAUGUGGCGGAAUGGAUGGGCCCAUAUCUACGAUUGGCAAGAGUCGACAAACCCAUUGGCACCUGGUUGCUCUUGUGGCCCUGUCUAUGGUCUACCGCCAUGGCAGCGUCCGCACCAGCAACUACUACUAUCACUGCCAGCAGUAGUACAUCCUUACUAUUGCCAGAUCCUUAUCUCAUGGGUCUCUUCACGGUUGGUUCCUUUGUCAUGCGGGGCUCGGGCUGUACCAUUAACGAUAUGUGGGAUCAAGACUUUGAUAAGCGAGUCGCCCGGACCAAAUCAAGACCAUUGGCCAGCGGCGAAUUGAAUUCCACCCAAGCCAUUGGAUUCUUGGGGUUGCAACUAGCCACUGGUCUUGGGGUUCUAUUGAGUUUACCCAAUAUGGAAUACUGCUUCAUGUGGGGUGUCUCGUCUUUACCAUUGGUGGUGAUGUAUCCAUUAAUGAAGCGAUUCACCAACUUUCCACAAGUAUUCUUGGGAUUGACCUUCAACUGGGGUGCUUGGAUGGGUUGGGCGGCGACCUAUGGGUCCAUGAACUAUGCAGUUAUUGCACCACUCUAUCUAUCAGGAGUAUGUUGGACUGUCGUGUAUGAUACCAUCUAUGCCAAUCAAGAUAAGCACGACGACAAAGCGAUUGGAUUGAAAUCGACAGCCUUGACCUUUGGAGAAGACGAAACCAAGCACAAACAGAUCUUGCAUGGUUUUGCCGCCUUGACCUUUGUCCAAUGGCUAGCAGCUGGCUAUAUGAUGGAGGAUAUUUCCAUGGUGCCUUAUAGUGCGGGAAUGAGUCUAGCUUAUUCGCACUUGUUGUGGCAAAUUCAAACAGCCGAAUUGGACAAUCCACAAAAUCUUGCCGACCGUUUCCGAUCCAACACAGGCCUGGGUGGUAUUGUAUUUGCAGCUAUUGUAGCUGGAAAGGUAUUAUAG